CUCUUGAAUGCAACACGAUACAUUCCUUGACGUUCUCGCGUGGAGUCAAUCGUGUUGUAAGUGGAGUUUGCACUCUCUUUGCCCAACAAAACCUUUUAUAAUUCUUAAGGAGCCAGCACGUUGCCGGGGCUGGUCCAACCCCAGACAUGCCCGACUCCGCCACCGGGGAGCCCGGCUCCAGGGUGUCCGACCCGCAGCACUCCCGCAAGCUCCUGCGGGUCCUGCGAGCCUUCUGGCAGGAGCAGAGCUUCCACGACGCCCUGCUGGUGGUGGACGGAGAGCAGCUCCCGGUGCAGAAGAACAUCCUGGCCGCUGCCAGCCCCUACAUCAGGACCAAGCUGAACUACAAUCCUCCGAAAGAAGAUGGGUCUAUGUACAGAAUUGAGCUGCAGGGGGUCUCUAUGGCCAUCAUGAAACAAAUCCUGGACUACAUCUUCAGUGGUGAAAUCACUCUGAGUGAGGAGACCAUCCAGGACAUGGUGCAGGCGUCGGAUCUGCUCCUCAUGACGGACCUGAAGUUUCUGUGCUGCCAGUUCUUGGAGAGCUGCAUCACAGCGGAGAACUGCAUCGGUAUCCGCCUCUUCUCCCUGCACUACUGCCUCUACCACGUCCACCACGCCGCCACCGAGUUCCUGCAGACGCACUUCCGGGACGUGGCGCUCACGGAGGAGUUCAGGGAGCUGCCCUCGGACCGGCUCUGCGAGCUGCUGGCCAUUGAGAAGCUCAACGUGGGCAACGAGAAGCACGUGCUGGAGGCCGUGGUGCGCUGGUUCGCUCACGACCCCGACGACCGGAGGGUGCACAUGAAGGAGGUGAUGUCUGCCGUGUGGGUGCAGGGCUUGGACGUGAGCUACCUGAGAGAGCAGACCAUGGGGGAGCCGCUGAUGAGGGAGGUGAUCAGGGAGUUCUGCCAGAAGGUGCUGUCGGAGGGGCAGCUGCAGGGCGAGGCCAUGCUCGACGCCUUCAAGCCCAGAGGCUACUCCGAGUGCAUCGUCAUCGCAGGAGGAGAAGACCGCAAAACCCGGAAGCCGACCUCCGUGACGCGCUGCAUGUGUCCUCUGUACGACGCCAACAGACAGGACUGGAUUGAGCUGCAGCCCAUGAGCGUCGCCCGCGUCGGCCACGGCGUGAUCGCUGCCGAGGGUUUCAUGUUUGCGAUUGGUGGAACAGAUGAACACAACACGCUCCUUGACAGCGGAGAGAAAUACGACCCCGACUCCAACACCUGGAGCCCCAUCCCUGCGCUGCUGCAGGCGCGCCAGAACUUCGGCGUGGUGGAGCUCGACGGCCUGAUUUACGUCCUCGGGGGAGAAAAUGAGGAGACGGAGUUGAUCACUGUGGAAGUGUUUGAUCCACACUGCAACACCUGGAAGACACAAACCAGCAUGACCAUGAUCCGCAAGGUUGGUUGCUACGCCACCAUGAAUAAGAAGAUCUAUGCCAUCGGUGGGGGCUCCUACGGGAAGCUGUUCGACUCUGUGGAAUGCUAUGACCCCAAAACCCAGCAGUGGACGGGCCUGUGCCCUCUGAAAGAGAGGAGGUUCGGUUCGGUGGCCUGUGGCGUCGGCCAGGAGCUCUACGUGUUCGGUGGCGUCAGAAGCCAGGAGAACGAAAACCCGGAGGAAAGACACAUGAUGACCUGCAAGUCUGAGUUCUACCACGAUGAGAUGAGGAGGUGGAUGCUGCUGGACGACCAGAGCCUCUGCAUCCAGACCAGCUCCUCGUUCGUCUACGGCGCCGUGCCCAUCGGAGCCAACAUCUACGUGGUGGGAGACCUGGACACGGGUACCAGCUUCGACUACAUCCGGGUGUUCCGCCGCAGCACGGGGACGUGGCACAGCACCAAGCCCAUGCGGACCACCGACCUCUCCAAGACGGCCUGCGCCGCCCUGCGCAUCGCCAACUGCCGGCUGUUCCGCCUCCAGCUGAGCCAGGGAAUGUUCCGGAUCCGAGUGUGACUCUGACGGAGCCGCACACCGGUACCUCCACCUGCUGCAGGGCGAAUUAGGGAACACACUAGCACUGCAAUAUUACUGUCGCUACUCCACACCCCUCUCUGCUGUAGGACUCCAUGGCACCAGAAUGAGACCAGACAAGUUGUAAACGUGUCGGUUUUUCUCUGAACCAAACUCAUACAACUUCCUUUUAAACAUGGAUUUCUUAUUUAAAGGGACAUUCCUGCUUUUAUUGUGUUUAAUGGUUUACUUUAGGCUCGGUGGGAGAUUAGACACUGGCUACCACAUCGUCGUCCAUGAAACGAUGACGCACUUAAUUCACCAGAGACCAUUAGGGGGAGUUUGCUUUUCGGGAUUUCUGAAAUGUGGCAGAGCGAGAAAAGCCCGUUUGUUGCUGCUUACCUGAGCACGCCACUUCUACAUCAGUCAUUCAGACCUUUCAGGUUGACUGGAGCAUAGAUGUUAGCUGACUGAAGUAAACACUAACUAAACCAUCUUAAUCAUGUUCUUCAUCUGUACACACUCCAAAUGCCGCACUAAUCACAACCACGUUAACAACCGUUUAGCUCAAAGCAUGAACCUAAAAUUACGGAAGAGUAUUAGGGCCAUGCAGGAGAAAAAAUAUUUGACAGGGGAAGAUUUUUUUUUUAUUGUGCACUUCGAGAAAAAAGUAGAAAUGUUGAGAUUAAUUUUGAAAUACAAUUUCAAGAAUAAAGUUGAAAUUUCACCUUUUUUCUUAACAUUUCAACUUUAUUCAUGACAUUUUUACUUUUUUCUCGAAAUUGUAUUACAGCAUUAAUCUCGACAUUUCAACUUUUUUCUCGACAUUUUUACUUUUUUCUCGAAGUGCAUAAUGAAAAAAAAAAUCUUCCUCCUCUAAAAUAUUAUUUUUAUUUUUCUCCUGCCUGGCCCUAAUACUCUUCCGUAUAAAAUAAACAUACAUGUACAAAAUAUAUCUAAAGGAGGCACCUUUUUCUCUGAAAAUUGAAUCUGAAAUGAAUAAACGCGUAAAAGAUUUUAGUUUUUAAAUCGCCUUGCAGUCGGUUGCAGUAACACUUUUAAAAAAUGGGUUUUCUUACGAAUGCUUGGCGGUGGAGUAGGGGGCGGAGUCAGCUGCUGGAUCGACGCCCAGGCCCGUCACGUGCUGACGUGAUGAGUUGGGAGGACUGUGUCAGCAAGGUCAUCUACGAUCUGGUUCCCCAGCCUGCGUACUCCUGGCCACUGGACUCCCGUCAUGUCGUGAAUGGGACCAAAAUUCACAAUUUCAUUUCAACUUGAACAUUUUCUUUCUUUUUGUUUUAUUUUACUUGCCUCCUUUUUUGCUCUGUUGUGCACCAGAGUGCCUUGUACUCAACAUUUGUUCAGCUGCUCACGCGCUCCGCUCCGAUCUGCGAUGGCUCGGGUGAUAUAGGUAAAAGAGCUCCACCCUCUUAUUCAAUGGCAUUCAAGACAACUAAGUAAUAGUAUAUUUUAAAGGGAUUUAUGUUUGUCUGAUAAAUGAGAGAAAAGUGAAGGAGUCCUAUAUGUUCUUAUUACCAAAAAGUACAAUUUCCGCCUAAACUAAAAAAGGUAUGAUUACAGUGCUAUAGUUCACGAAUAGUUCAAUCUGAGGGCCAUUAUUCCUAGACUAUCUCCUCUCGCCAUCCCCACACAGCUGCUUUGACAGGCCGUGAGCUGCUGUCACCAGCGACUGCUCGGGGAUGUGCUGCUGUUCAUGUGUCUCCGGCAGGGUCAGUCAGUCCGCAACUCAUUUCAGAAGGCAAGGCAAGUUUAUUUAUAGAGCACAAUUCAACACAAGGUAAUUCAAAGUGCUUUACAUCAACAUUAAAAGCAGCAAGACACAAUUAAACAGUAAAUAACGAAUAAAAUGAAAUAAAAUGAUAAGAAAAGAGGUAAAAUAAUAGAAAGCACAAGUUGUUUAAAGUAAGGGCAGUAGAGUACAGCAGGUACACAUUCACUCAUUCUUACAAUGGCAAGAAUUACGUUUCUAUACGGUCAAAACGUACAAAGACCGGGUCAAAUACAGUAUUACAAAAGUAAUAAGUGCCGAUUUGUGCGGUGAAUCAAACCAAUUUGACAAUUCUACGGAAGCAGACUGGAAGCAGCUACCUGCUCUGCUGGAGAUCAGCGGCUGGCCUCUGUUUUCCACAGAAGCCCUCCUGGCCUCCUGAUUCAGCAUUUCAGCAGAGUUUCUGCUACACACUCCGAGGCCAUCCCACAUGGGCCCCUCUCUCUCUGAGCGUCUGAGACCUCUGUGGGGUGUCUGGGUUGGCCUGCUCACCUGAGUUACAGCUCCUCCA